ACUUCCUGCGAGAGAAGGACCGUGCCAAGCGUACGUUUGAAAGUAGUGUAUCCGAUUCCCAAGACGUAGAGAGAAGAAUAGUCGUAGAGUAAGACUUUUUUUUUUAACGACUUUCUGUCGGUGCUUGGCUGCAUAUUCGGAUAUAUUUUCUAACUCAGGCUUCAAAAGUGGAGACCGUUUUUUCUUCGAUAUCCUUGCAUUUCUUUAAACGAGAAAUGGAAGAGGGCUCAAGUUCUCCCAUCUCCCCUGUGGAUAGCCUAGCGACCAGUGAGGAGGAGUUGGACAGACAACAGAAAAGAUUUGGAAGGAAGAGGAGACACAGUAAAAAGUCGAUCGAGGACAGCAGUCCGGGUUCUGUGAAACGGGGGAAAAAAACGAGUCCAAGCAGCAAUCAGUCCUACGAGGAGUUGCAGAACCAGCGGUGCCUGGCCAACGUCAGGGAGAGGCAAAGGACACAGUCGCUCAACGAAGCCUUCUCGUCUUUACGCAAAAUCAUCCCCACUCUACCCUCGGAUAAACUGAGCAAGAUCCAGACACUGAAACUGGCCUCCAGAUACAUAGACUUCCUCUAUCAGGUGCUACAAAGCGACGAGAUGGACAACAAGAUGUCGAGCUGCAGCUACGUUGCGCACGAGAGACUCAGUUACGCUUUCUCAGUGUGGAGGAUGGAGGGCGCGUGGUCAAUGUCUGCAACUCACUAGCACCCAAAGCCCUUCACUCAUUGCCAAAGCGACUGUUUACUUCUACAAAGAAUGAAGACACCAAAAGAUCUAUUGAAGAACCCAUGAACCUCAGAAACAUGGUCAAGAGACGUAAUGUGACACACAACUCUCCUGGAGCGUGUUGAGUGCAAUUACCUAACACUUGGAACAGUGUGAGAAUGAGUAAAGAUAACCCUGAAAAUCAUGUUGCAUACUCAGACAGUGGUGUAAGACGCUUCUAGUGUCUACUGGUGCAUUAUCACGUUGUUUUAAUGUCGGUGAUGAUAGUAGGAAAAGCCAUAUUUUAUAUUUUUUGGGAAAUUAUAUUUCGUUCUGUUUUUAAAAACUAUAGAUAGAAGUAUAUAAAUGUUUCUUAUUGUACAUACCUGUAAGUAUCUUCAGCUUGUAAGGGACCAAUGCAAUUUAGAAUACGUUAUUGAAGUAGGCUCCAUGGAUUUUAAACUCCGUCCAUUGUACAAAUUGCUUUUGCUUAUUUAUUAAAACACAUAUUUUUGAAUGAUGAAGUUGAGCCCUUUGAUUUUUCCAUAGAAUACCGUAGCAAUUGUGCCAUUAUCACAUAGGCUAUAUCCCCUAUAUUCUAUAUCAAUGUAAAUAAUUCCAGUAGGCUACAUAAAUGAAAAGUCUAAACUCAAAUAAACUGAGUAAAAACCA